AUGGCCGCAAACGGCGAUGCGGCGAGAUCUUCGGCACCAGUGGCCUACAUCACUGGGGGAGCCAGCGGGAUGGGGUUAGCAGUCGCCCAAGAGAUGGCUGCCAAAGGCUGGAACCUGACCAUUGUCGAUCUCAACGAAAAGUCCAUCUCAGCCGUGGAAGCUAGUUUUGACCCGAACAGGACCACGUUCAUCAAGGCCGAUGUAACAGACUAUGAAGCGCAGGCCAAAGCCUUUGCUCAAACUUGGGACAAAUGGCACAGACUGGAUCUCGUUUUUGCAAAUGCGGGCAUCGGUGAUAGAAUCGACUUCUUAGCCCCUGCGACCAAGUUUCUGCCCAACGUGCCAGGCGUCCCUGCGAAACCCGACGAGCUGGUGAUCGAUAUUUGCCUCAAUGCCAUGGUCUACAGUGCCUAUUUGGCUCUGCACUUCUUCCGGCAGAAUCCAUCUAAAGCGGGCAAGAUAGUCUUCACGUCCUCCAUGUGUGGACUGUAUCCAGGAGAUAGCAUACCUCUGUACACUGCCGCCAAGCAUGGCAUUGUAGGGUUGACUCGCGCACUGGCCAAACGCCUGAGAAUUGUUGGCGAGCCCAUCACGGUGAAUUGCAUCUGUCCGGGCCUGGUUGAUACGGGGCUGACGGGGGUCCUGAUGUCUGUUUGCCCGCCUGAAUACGUGACACCAAAGUCAACCAUUGUGCGGGCAGUCAUGGGAUUUGCAGAAGACGACUCUCUGACCGGACAAGCAGCAGAAUGUAGUGUGGAUAAGAUACAUUACAGGAAGCAGCCUGAAUAUGGAGACGAGGGGGCAGAGUACAUUAUGACGAACAAACUGGAGGCUGCGCUCAAGGCAAGAGGCGUGUGA